UACAAGUGGUUUGCUGUGUUGUUACAUUGUGGCAAUAUGGGUGGCUCGCAAUCCUAUCCUGGGCUUACGCAGGAUGUUUUAGAGGAUUAUACGACGCUAACUUAUUUACAUAAAGGCGAAAUACUAUAUUUGAUGAAAAAGGUGUAUUCUAUCGAUCCGGAAAAAAUCAAAGAAAACUAUCAUCACAGAUUCAGCAAAGAAGAAAUCCUGAAAAAGUUCGAUGUUCUUAGAAAUAACCCCUUCCAAGAUCGUAUCUUCAGCGUGUUUUCCUCCGAAAAGGAUGAAUGCUUUUCAUUCGAGGACCUGUUGGACUUGUGUUCGGCUAUGAGCUCCGAAUGCCCCGUGGAGGUGAAAGCCGAAUGGGCAUUUAGGAUCUAUGAUUUGGAUGAAGACGGACAAAUAUCUGCUCGGGAUAUCAGCGGAAUAAUCGACAGACUGACCGAGCAUACGAGUAAUAGGAACCACUACGUUGAGAUCAGCUCCAAGAAGAAGAUUGCCGAUAUUAUACUAAACGAGCUGAAAUUAGACCACGCAGGAAGCAUGGGAUUAAGUGAAUUCAAAAUAUGCAUGACCAGGAUAUCAGAGUUUCAAACAUCUUUCUAUUUCAGGAUAUAAUUUAUAUGGCACCUGUUUAUCAUUAUUUAUUAAAAUACAAUUUACUAAAA